GAAUGUGGCGCUUGCGAGAGGAGGACAGGCAACGGAGAGGAGAAUAGUAGUGGGCCUUCUCUUUAUAAAACCCCAACAGAACAUACACACACACUCAAACACUCACCCCUUAAAACCCUAACUCACUUCUUCUUUCUUCCGCUGCACAAUCCAUUUCCAUUUUUCCCCUAUUCCUGUUAUUUUCAACCGAAAGCGAUAAACAUUUUGAUUAGAUUGUUGAAGAAUCAUGUCGGACGAUGAGAGAGAGGAGAAGGAGCUGGAUCUUAGCUAUCCUGAAGUUGUCACCAAAUACAAGAGCGCUGCUGACAUUGUCAACAGAGCUUUGCAGGUAGUUGUCGCAGAAUGCAAGCCCAAAGCUAAAAUUGUUGACCUAUGUGAGAAAGGAGAUAGUUUUAUCCGAGAGCAAACUGGUAACAUGUACAAGAAUGUGAAAAAGAAGAUUGAACGAGGUGUUGCUUUUCCAACUUGCUUAUCUGUCAACAAUGUUGUUUGUCAUUUUUCACCCCUUGCGAGUGAUGACUCAGUGCUCGAAGAAGGUGAUUUAGUGAAAAUUGAUAUGGGUUGUCAUAUUGAUGGCUUUAUUGCUGUUGUUGCACACACUCAUGUCAUUCAAGAAGGCCCGGUAACCGGCAGACAAGCUGAUGUUCUUGCAGCAACCAACACUGCUGCUGAAGUUGCUUUGAGGCUUGUGAGGCCUGGCAAGAAGAAUAAAGAUGUAACAGAAGCAAUCCAGAAAGUUGCCGCCGCGUAUGACUGUAAAAUUGUUGAAGGUGUUCUUAGUCACCAAAUGAAGCAGUUUGUGAUUGAUGGAAACAAGGUGGUGUUGAGUGUAUCAAAUCCUGAUAUGAGAGUUGAUGAUGCUGAAUUUGAAGAGAACGAAGUCUAUUCUGUUGAUAUAGCUGCUAGUACGGGUGAGGGAAAGCCUAGAAUGUUGGAUGAGAAGCAAACAACUAUUUACAAAAGAGCCGUGGACAAGAACUAUCAUUUGAAAAUGAAAGCAUCAAGAUUUAUCUUAAGUGAAAUCAAUCAGAAAUUCCCAAUAAUGCCAUUCACAGCAAGGGCAUUGGAAGAGAAGAGGGCUCGCCUUGGACUAGUAGAAUGUGUCAAUCAUGACCUCUUGCAACCCUACCCUGUCCUGUAUGAGAAGCCUGGUGAUUAUGUUGCUCAGAUAAAAUUCACUGUUCUUCUCAUGCCAAAUGGAUCAGACCGUAUAACAUCAUAUCCUUUGCAAGAAUUGCAGCCAACUAAAUCAAUCGAUGACCCUGAAAUCAAAGCUUGGUUGGCAUUGGGAACAAAGACAAAGAAGAAAGGUGGUGGUAAAAAGAAGAAAGCCAAGAAGGGUGAGAAAUCUGGUGCUGAAGAGUCAGCUGACGCAGAGCCCAUGGAUGCAAAUGGCGCAACUGCUGAAAAUUGAAAAGACAAAAAUGUUGGUUCAAAUUUUGUUACUUGUUGAUUCUCUUUUGUAUUUGCUUGAUGGGCAACUUAAACAUGUUAGAUGUUGAUCAAUAUUUCAUGUUGCCUCUCACCUGUGUAAAGUUCUGGGUUUGGGCCCACAAAAUGAAUUUUUCUUGAUACACAGUGUUGGGGCUUUUUCUGGUUGACUUUGAGCUUAUGUUUAGCAUUCUAUGUUGUUUCAUUUUUCAGUUACAUGGAUUUGGAAGUUUUUAUUCAGGAAUGAGGUUAGCUAUGGCAUUGCUGUUGCAUUGCCUUUGAAUCAA